UCGUCCCGUUCCCCACGUGUGUACAACGAGUUUGGUUUGUGUUUGUUGAUGUUCGUCUGUGAGUACAGACAUACAAUUUCCAUUCUGAAAUAUAGUUACCGGAAUCAUGUUGAAGUCAAAAACGUUCGUUAAGAAGACCCGAUCGGGUGGGAUCAUGAAAAUAGUGCGUGAGCACUACCUCAGAGACGAUAUAUGGUGCGGAAGUGAAUUUUGUACUGAAUGCAAGCAAGAUGAGUCUGUUUUGCAGAAAGAUGCUUGCAUUGAAAGCAACUUGUGUGUAUUCCCACAUUAUUUGCUACCAGAUACAAAUGUGGUCUUAAGCCAGAUCGAUAUAUUGGAGGAUCCCUUGAUCAAGAACGUGAUCAUUCUUCAGACUGUCCUUCAAGAAGUCCGCCACAGAAGUGCUCCAAUAUACAAGCGGUUGAAAGACAUCCUUCACGACAAAGAGAAACACUUUUACACCUUCACUAACGAACACCACAGGGAAACCUACAUAGAACGAGAGCCAGGGGAAAGUGCUAAUGAUCGUAACGACAGAGCCAUCCGCGUGUCUACCAAAUGGUACAGUGAUCAUCUGAAAAAUGCCCGGACAGAAGAGGGACUACGGAUCGUUCUCCUGACCAACGAUAGGGAGAACAAGGACAAAUCCGAGGAGGCGGGCCUGCUCACCUACAGAUGUGAGGAAUACAUCAAGAGUCUGAUUGCCAACCCUGAGCUUGUGGAUCGUCUGGCUUUGACCAACGACGACAAGAAUGACAUCACCAGCAGUAAGGUGCUGUUCCCAGAACACCUCCCCCUGUCCAGGAUUCAGUCAGGGAUUAAGAGUGGAACCUUCCUGCAGGGAACGUUCCGGGCCAGCAGGGACAACUACCUGGAGGCUACUGUGUUUGUCCACGGCGAAGGAGACGAGAGCACAGAGGUUCUGAUCCAGGGUCUACAGAACCUGAACAGGGCUGUGCAUCAGGAUCUGGUUGCCGUGGAGAUGCUGCCCCAGAACCAGUGGGUGGGUCCGUCCUCUGUGGUCCUGCAGGACGAGGGGCCCAAGGAUGACGAUGUCACAGGAGAUGACGAGGAAGAGAAAGCGCUGAAGGGUGCCGUGGUGGGGGCAGGGCCCAGGAAGCCCACCGCCCGAGUGGUGGGGAUCAUUAAGAGGAACUGGAGGCCGUUCUGUGGCAUGCUGUUCCUGUCCCAGAUCAAAGAGGCGACCCGGCACCUCUUUACCCCGGCUGACCGUCGUAUCCCCAGAAUCCGUAUCGAGACGCGCCAGGCGUCCACGCUGGCGGGGCAGAGGAUCAUGGUGGCUAUCGACGGCUGGCCCAAACACUCCAGAUACCCCAAUGGUCAUUUCGUGCGGAGCCUGGGCUGUGCUGGCGACAAGGAAACGGAGACGGAGGUGCUGCUGCUGGAGCACGACGUUCCCCACCAGGACUUCUCACAGGCCGUCCUUAGUUUCCUCCCCAAGAUGCCCUGGAGCAUCACAGAGGAGGACAUGGCGGUGAGAGAGGACCUGAGGCAUCUAACUGUCUGCAGUGUGGAUCCCCCUGGUUGUACAGACAUUGACGAUGCCCUGCACUGUAGAGACCUGCCCAAUGGAAACCAAGAGGUUGGUGUUCACAUAGCAGAUGUGAGUCACUUCAUCCGUCCUGGCAAUGCCCUGGACCAGGAGGCAGCCAGCCGCGGAACGACCGUCUACCUGACUGGACGGAGAAUCGACAUGGUCCCUGAGCUCCUGAGUUCCAAUCUGUGUUCUCUCCGUUGUAAUGUGGAGAGGUUGGCCUUCUCUUGUAUUUGGGAAAUCAAUGAAAAGGCUGAGAUAAUCAAGACCCGAUUCGCUAAAAGUGUCAUCAACUCUAAGGCCUCUCUCACAUACGCCGAGGCUCAGAUGAGGAUUGACGACACCAGCAUGAACGAUGACAUCACCAAGAGCUUACGGGGCCUGAACCGGCUAGCCAAGAUCCUGAAGAGGCAGAGGAUAGAGAAAGGCGCAUUAACCCUUUCCUCCCCCGAGGUUCGUUUCCACAUUGAUAGUGAGACUCACGAUCCCAUUGACCUACAGACCAAGGAGCUCAAGGACACCAACUCCAUGGUGGAGGAGUUCAUGUUGCUGGCCAACAUCUCCGUGGCUCAGAAGAUCUACGAGGAGUUCUCAGAGUGUGCCCUGCUCAGGAAGCACCCGGCUCCGCCACCGUCCAACUACGACAUCCUCAACAAGGCUGCCAAGUCCAAGAACCUGGUGAUCCACACCGACUCGGCCAAAGCCCUGGCAGACUCUCUGGAUGCAGCCCGGGUAGACAACUUCCCCUACUUCAACACGCUGCUGCGUAUCCUGGCAACGCGGUGCAUGAUGCAAGCAGUGUACUUCUGCUCGGGAAUGGACAGCGACUUCCACCACUAUGGCCUGGCCUCGCCAAUCUACACACACUUCACAUCGCCCAUCAGGAGAUACUCUGACAUCAUUGUCCAUCGGCUGUUGGCUGUGGCCAUAGGGGCAGACAGCACCUACCCCGACCUGAUGGACAAACACAAGCAGUCCGCUCUCUGCAACAACCUCAACUACAGACACAAGAUGGCCCAGUACGCUCAGAGGGCCUCUGUGGCCUUCCACACACAGCUGUUCUUCAAGAGCCGAGGCAUAAUGAACGAGGAGGGCUUCAUCCUGUUCGUGAGGAAGAACGCCAUCAUCAUCCUCAUCCCUAAGUUCGGUCUGGAGGGAACAGUGUUCUUCGAGAACAAAAACAAACCCAGCCCCAAACUCGUCUUUAACGAUGAGGCAACUACUCUGACAGUGGAAGGACACACCUUCAACAUGUUUGACAAGGUCAAAGUCACCAUCAGUCUGGAUGCAAGCAACAUCCAACACCAGAAGAUCAGGAUGUCUCUGGUCGAACCAGUGAUCCCAGGAGUGAGUGUUGCUCCUUCUGAACCAAAUGAACCAGAAGCCAAGAAAGCUAAACUGGACCACUGACAAAAACCAUCUUCCUCAACAAAAUUAAGAUUUCCUUUUAGCCUCUGAUUCAGGGUUGUCAAAUUCAAAGAUGCUGUGACAGGAAAUUAUUUACGAGUGGUAUUGGACUCUUACUCUGAGGUCUGCAGCCGGCUGAUUCACUUCAUCAUUAAUUGCAUUCUCCGGGUGUCCCAUGCCUAAAUCAGUCUGAUUAGGUGGUUGGAAUGAAGAAACUGAGUGGAAUUGACCUCAAGGUCCAGAGUUCAGUUCAAGGGCGUUAUGCUAUUUCUGUCCCUGGCUAACAGGGCUUAUGGUUUAUAUAAUAGCUGUGGUAAUUAAAGCUGGACCACGAAGCUAGUUCCAGUGUUUUUUCCAUCAACCUCUGGGACUUAUUUAGACCUGGAACACCAUGUGGGUGCAAUUGAUUUGUUGGAAUAGAAAACCAGCAGCCUCUGUUCUGUAGUGUCUGUAACCUUUGUACAACUCUAAAUAAACAUAUCUUGAUUUUUAA